AUGAUUCUACCGCUACAGACUCUGGCCUUGGGUGCCGCCAUUGCUCUGUCGAGUCUUCCACUCAGUCAGGCCCUGAGUGCCAGCGACAUUCCCGCCGACAUCCCGGUCUCGCAGCUGAUCUCAUCGGCCACUGCUGCCCUCGCUCAAGGCAAUGGCCAGGAUGCCUUGACCUACUUCGACGUCGCCAUCACUCGCGAUCCGCAAAACUACCUCACCAUCUUCCGACGUGGUGCCGCCUACCUCAAACUCGGAAAGAACUCCCAGGCCAGCCACGACUUCGACCGCGUUCUCGCCAUCAAGCCUACAUUCGAAGGUGCACUGGUGCAAAGAGCAAAGAUCAAGAGUAGGAACGGUGAUUGGGAUGGUGCAAAGUCCGACUACGAGACUGCUGGAAAGCAGGACGGCGAAGAGAUCCGCGAACUGCUCGAGGCUCAGAAUGCUGUAGCACUGGCACAAAAGGCUGAAAAGGAGCGUCACUGGGCCGACUGUACCGCUCACGCCGAUAUUGCCAUCUUGGUUGCCGGAGGUGCCAUGGAUCUAAGACAUACCCGCGCGAACUGUCGCUUUGAGAAGGGCGACAUUGUCGAGGCUCUCAGCGAUCUGAUGCACAUUGCUCAAGUCUCUUCUGGUUUCAACGAACAUCUGCAAAUCUCUGCCACGUCAUUUUACGCCCUCAACGAGCCCACCAACGGCAUGGGCCAAGUCAAAAAGUGCCUCCAUUCGGAUCCUGAUUCAAAGCCGUGUAGAAAGCUGCUCAAAGCAGAAAAGGCCAUCGACAAGCAGUUGAAGAAGAUGCGAGAGGCCAUGGAAAAGAGCAGAUAUGUCAACGCUGUCAAUAUCUUGGUACCCACAAAGGAUGAUGACGGUCUUUUAAAAACCGUCAAGGACGCCACUCAGCAAUAUCGCGACGAGGGCCUCAUCCACAAGAAUGCCCCAGAUCGCCUAUACAACGACUUGGUCGAGUUGACUUGCGAGGCCUACACUGAGAUGAACAAUCUCAAGAAAGCCCAGCCAUACUGCGAGGAGGCACUAACACACAAUCCCAACUGCCUGCCAGCCCUCAUCGGCAAGGCCACGCGCCAAAUCGAUGCCGACGAGUUCGAACCCGCUAUACAGACGCUCAAUCAAGCCAAGGAGCAUCACCAAAACUCACAAAAGAUCCAAGAGUUGCUACAAAAAGCUCACACAUUACUCAAGAGAUCCAAGCAAAAAGACUACUACAAAGUACUUGGUGUCACCAGAGAUACCGAUGAACGCGACAUCAAGAAAGCAUACCGCAAGCUCACUGUGCAGCAUCAUCCCGACAAGGCUGCUCAGAAGGGCAUCAGCCCUGAUGAAGCGCAGAAAAAGAUGGCUGAAAUCAACGAAGCAUACGAAGUUCUUUCCGAUCCUGAGCUCAAGGCCAGAUUCGACCGAGGCGAUGAUCCAAACGACCAGUCCCAACAAGGUAGUCCAUUCCAAGGCCAACCAUUCGGCUUCCCUGGCGGCGGCCAACAGCAGUUCUUCCACCAAAGAGGAGGAGGUGGUGGUGGCUUCAAGUUCCAGCAGCAAGGCGGUUUCCAGUUCCCUGGCGGAGGUUUCCCAUUCUAG